AUUUAAUAUUAAUUCUUUUAUUCGUGUACGUUUCCCUUCCUUAGUAAAUAACAUUUGUGUUGUUAAAAAACAUAUAUUUUUAAACAUCCCAAGAACAGUUCGAAAAUAACUGUAAACUUUGUGCAAGUGAGGGAUAUUUUAUUAUGUUUCUAAGGGUUAUGAUUAAAAUUCUUGUGCGAUCAUCUUGUACGCACACUACCGAAAACUAACCGGUUUUACAGUGAUGUAAGUUCCAGUCCAUAUUCAUCUUAAAUGCAUGUAAAAUCUCUCCAACUGUUGUUACAAACAACACCCAAUCGAUCUAAUUUCAUAUUAGUAAAGUCUAGUCAUCCUUUAUGGUAAAAUAGUACAAAUAAUAAACCCCUUUUUCACACGUCGUUGACCUACGGACCAGAACAAGGGAUCUUUAAUGGGCAGCAUAAAAAUGUUUUUGUAUGUGUGCCCAUGCUUCUUUCGAUUGCGUGAAAGUGCCACGAUACGUUUGAUCAAUCAGUAAAGUAAACCUUUCUCUCUUUUGCUGACGAUCUCCGCGUAUCAUCGCGGUUGUUUGCUUUCAGUUAUACCAUCGUCAAACGCAUUCAGCAUUUUUUAUGAAGUGCCUUCCGAUUCGCAUAUAAAUGCCAUGUUCGUUGGCUAGCGAUGCGAGAAGAAGGUGUCAAGAUCUUGAUACGUUUUAAUAUUUGCAAUGGCCAUGGAGCGAAGUGUAAUGCUGCUGGCGGUGCUUAUGGCCGCUAUAGCAGCAAGUUCGGGUGACUCCAGAAAUGCUAACGUUAGCUAUCGACUACCCAAAUCAGUCAAGCCCGAAAAUUACAAUCUACGUGUCUUCACACAUCUCGGCGAUGAUCGAGGAUUUAUGUUUCAUGGACUAGUUGCUAUUCGGUUUUUGUGCCUGGAAGAUACGGACAGUGUUGUUUUACAUUCCAAAAAUUUAACACUCCACGAGCAGCAAAUUUUGUUCCGUGGUCUUAAUUCGGAUAGUUCACAAAAUAGUUCGCGUCCAAUAAAUAUCAAAAAUCUUGAGUACAUAACAGAACAUGACUAUGUCGUGUUUCAUGUAAGCACACCGUUGAAGAAAGGUGAACGAUAUGAGAUAUCCAUACCGUUUGAGAGUAAUCUCAGCACCGGAUUGAUUGGAUACUACCGAAGCAGUUACAUUGACAAAAACACCAAACAAAAGACAUGGCUUGCUGUUACCCAGUUCGAACCAACCUACGCCCGCCAAGCAUUCCCAUGCUUUGAUGAACCGGAAAUGAAGGCAACGUUCGAUAUAUCCUUAGCGCAUCACGAACGAUACGUUGCGUUAAGCAACAUGCCAGUGAACCGCAGUAUGCCGAUCGAUAAUAUGCCGGGAUGGGUUUUGGAUGAGUUUAAUACAACUGUGCCGAUGUCUACGUAUUUGGUGGCAUACACUGUGAAUGAUUUCGAGUAUCGUGAGGCGAAGACAACAGAACCGGGCGAUGUAGUCUUCAAAAUUUGGGCACGUCGAGAUGCGAUCGAUCAGGUAGAUUAUGCACGUGACAUAGGGCCGAGAGUUACACGUUUCUACGAAGAUUACUUUCAACAAAAAUUCCCCCUGCCCAAGAUCGAUAUGAUUGCUAUUCCUGACUUCGCAUCGGGUGCUAUGGAAAACUGGGGUCUGAUCACUUACCGAGAGACGGCACUGCUGUAUCAUCCAAAUAUCUCCACCGCCAGCAAUAAACAUCGCGUUGCCUCGGUUAUUGCUCACGAACUGGCGCAUCAGUGGUUUGGCAAUUUAGUCACGAUGCGUUGGUGGACGGAUUUAUGGUUAAACGAAGGCUUCGCUACGUACGUCGCUAGUUUGGGCGUGGACUAUCUGCAUCCCGAGUGGUUUUCGCUUGAGGAGGAAUCCAUAUCAAACACGUUGGAUAUAUUCAAAUUUGAUGCCCUGCUGUCAAGCCAUCCAAUAUCCGUAGAAAUUGGCCAUCCGAAUCAGAUAUCGCAAAUAUUCGAUGCCAUCUCGUACGAGAAAGGUUCGAUUGUGAUACGAAUGAUGCAUCUGUUCCUGAGCGAAGAAACGUUCCGUGAUGGAGUUAGCCGUUACUUACAACGACACGCUUAUGGUAACGCAGAGCAGGACAACUUGUGGGCGGCAUUAACAGAGGAGGCACACGCAAAUGGUGUACUGCCGGAUUUUAUUGAUGUGAAGAAAGUGAUGGAUUCGUGGACUCUCCAAACAGGUUAUCCCAUUAUCACCGUAACACGCAACUAUGAAGCAAAUUCAGCCGAAGUAACACAAACGCGCUUUGUCUCGUCACAAGUUCCCAAGGAUCAAAAUGUUACCGAUCGUUGUUGGUGGAUACCUUUAACGUAUACUACAGCCAAGGAGCUAGAUUUCAAUGAUACACUCCCGAAAGGUUGGAUGGAGUGUAGUGGCGAGAAGAAAAAUGAAAAACCUCUCAAAGUCUUGGAAGAUAUGCCAGAUCCUGAACACUGGGUGAUAUUUAACGUACAGCUAGCUGGAUUGUAUAAGGUGAAAUACGAUAAGGCUAAUUAUCGUUUGAUUGUCUCACAGCUGAAUGGGCCGAAAUAUCACGAUAUAGGUCUGUUGAACCGAGCACAGCUGAUUGACGAUGCGAUGGACCUGGCAUGGACCGGUCAACAAAAUUACGGCAUCGCUUUUGCCAUGAUGAACUACCUUCGGCAGGAAACGGAGUACAUACCAUGGAAAUCCGCAUUGACAAAUCUCAACAGCUUGAACAGAAUACUUAAACGUACUCCGCUGUAUGACAUAUUCAAAAGCUACGUCCAGUACAUACUAGAGCCAAUAUACGAACAAUUAGAUGUGUUUAACAUGACUAAAAAGUCAACAGAUCGGCUCGACGGAAUCAAACAAUUAACUUUAAUUGCUUCCUGGGCAUGUCGGUUCGAGGUAGGCGACUGUGUUAAUCGGUCGGUUGAACUUUUCGCUCGCUGGAUGAACGAGUCUAAUCCUGAAGUCAACAAUCCAGUCCCCAUCGAUCUAAGACCGGUGGUUUACUGUAACGCUAUACGCUUAGGCAACGAUUCGCAGUGGAAUUUCCUCUGGCAUCGCUAUUUACAAAGUAAUGUCGGUGCGGAAAAGAUCAUGAUCAUCGGUUCGCUUGCCUGCACGCGCCAAUUAGCGCUGGUGGAACGUUUCCUGCAAUGGUCUCUCAACAGCACGUCCGGUGUACGCAAACAGGACGCAACGAUAUUAUUCAGCAGCGUUUCGAGAAACGAUGUAGGUUUCGAUGCGGCGAAAAGCUUUUUCCUCAAUCGUGCGGAUGAAAUUUACGAUUUCUUGAGCCCGGAUACUUCGCGACUGUCACGCUACAUUAAACCACUAGCGGAACAAAUGUUUUCAGCGGAGGAAGUGCAGGAACUGAAUGAUUUGAUACAGAAAAAGACAACGAUUUUCGAAAAAGCCAAUCAAGGUGUUAAGCAAGCACUCGAAACGGCACAAACAAACAAUAGGUGGACGCAGAUCAAUUUCAGCAAGAUGGAACGUUUACUGCCGCUGUUAGCUACUCGAUCCGCCUUAAAUACGUUGAUGGAUUUAAUGGAUAAUUAUUAAAUUGAAUGAGGCGUAAAAUUCGCGUUUAUAUCCGUAACCAUCAAUGUAUCUCAGUACUUAAACGGCUACAGAUGUAUCGUAACACAGAAUGGAUGCGAUAGUCACACUAUCAGCAUAUGGAUGAUAAGAGAAUGCUGAUCGAUUACAUUUUUUUUUCAAACUUAUCUAUGUUUAAAGAAUAAAUCACAAUCACAGUGGAGGUUAACUGCUAUUUGUAGAUCAGCCCGCCAUUUAUGCACGAUAAAAAACGUGAAAAGUUUAGUGUA